CCUCUCUCUAGCUUAGCUAAUCCUUUGUUUUCUCUUCUCACCCCAGUUUUUACCAAAACCCUCUCUCUCUCUCUCUCUCUCUCUCUCAAAAGAUUCAUGUGGCCUCAUUUCACAGAUUUCACCGAUCUGAGAUUUGGGGAAGAGGUAGGUACACAACAAAACCAAGCUUAAUCGGUAAAGAAAUCAUAUAAAUAUAUAUAUAUAUAUAUAUAUAAAGGGUUCGAACCCAUUGCCUCUUUGUUCACGUUUUCGUUUUUGGGUUUGCGUGUGUUGUUUGAUUCCUUGAAAGCAUAAACCACAUCACAAGCUUUGGUUUCACAUCUGGGUUUUCCGAUCUGAUCAGAAAUCUUUCUCCGAUUCAAUCUCAAUUUUCCCCUUGAACCGAAGUGGAAGUUGAGUUCAUCGUUCUUGUCCGAUCUGCAACAACAAAAAUCGAUACGAAGGAAGGUUUGCUUGUGAGCCAUAGGAGGUAUUUGGAAAGAGAGUAAACAACUUCCUCUGUUUCUCUCAUUGUAACUAUAUAUGGGCUGAGGUAUACAUUUCAUGGGAGGUGUGGAGGAUGAUGAACCACCCUCAAAACGUGUGAAAGUAUCCUCUGAAGAAUUGAGAGGCCUUCAGGACAGUACAUCUCUUGGGCUAACAACCUGCCUGUCGUGUGACUCAAUGGCUCGUCCCCUAGCAUCCCAAGGAGAUGAAGAGAUGGUUGGUUCAAAAGGAAUUAUCAGAAAAGUGGAAUACAUUCGAAUCAUAGCAGAGGCACUAUAUUCUCUUGGCUUUAAGAAGACUGGGGCACAUUUAGAGGAAGAGUCUGGGAUACACUUGCAUUCCUCUAUGGUAAAUUUGUUUAUGCAGCAAAUUCUUGAUGGUAAUUGGAAUGAGAGUGUAGCCACAUUGCAUAAAAUUGGUCUAGUUGAUGAAACUAUCAUAAAGUUAGCAUCUUUUGUAAUAUUAGAGCAGAAAUUUUUUGAACUUUUGGAUGGGGAAAAGGUCAUGGAUGCAUUGAAGACAUUGAGGACUGAGAUUGCACCUCUUUGCAUAAAUAGCAAUAGAGUUCGUGAUCUUUCUUCGUGUAUUGUGUCUCGUUCACAUUGUCAAAUUGUGGGAUUUCCUGGCCAAGAUGUAGGAAGGACAAAGUCUCGGUCAAAAUUGCUUGAGGAAUUGCAGAAAUUACUUCCUCCAACAGUGAUGAUACCAGAAAGAAGGUUAGAACAUCUUGUUGAACAGGCUCUUGACUUGCAACGAGGUAGUUGCAUGUUUCACAACUCUUGGGAUACAGAAAUGUCAUUGUUAACUGAUCAUCGGUGUGGAAGAGACCAGAUUCCUUCUCAAACAUUACAGGUUUUACAAGAACACUAUGAUGAAGUAUGGUUCUUGCGAUUUUCACACAAUGGGAAAUAUUUAGCCUCGUCAUCCAGUGAUCGAUCAACAAUUAUAUGGGAGGUUAAUUGGGAUGGUACAAUUUCGUUAAAGCAUAGAUUAUCAGGUCACCAGAAACCUGUUUCCUAUGUCUCAUGGAGUCCUGAUGAUAAUCAGCUCCUUACCUGUGGAGUCGAGGAGGCUGUCAGACGAUGGGAUGUUUCUUCCGGUGAAUGCCUCCAUAUUUAUGAGAAAGGUGGUCUCGGUUUGGUGUCUUGUGGAUGGUCUCCAGAUGGGAAAUCAGUAUUCUCUGGUAUUACGGAUAAAAGCAUCUGUUUGUGGGAUUUGGAUGGUAAAGAGCUGGAAUGUUGGAAAGGGAAACGAAUUCUUAGAAACUCGGACUUGGAAAUAACAAGUGAUGGGAAACAUAUAGUUACUAGUUGUAGAGAAACUGCAAUACUAUUACUUGACAGAGAAGCAAAAACUGAGAAAUUGGUUGAGGAGGAUCAAACAAUAACUUCAUUUUCGUUAUCCAGGGAUGAUAAGUUCUUGUUGGUUAGUCUUUUGAACCAAGAAAUCCAUCUAUGGAACAUUGACGGUGAUGCAAAGCUCAUUGCUAAGUACAAAGGUCAUAAGCGUUCCCGAUUUGUUGUUAGAUCCUGUUUUGGUGGACUUCAGCAAGCAUUCAUUGCUAGUGGCAGUGAGGAUUCUCAGGUUUACAUAUGGCACAAAGGCUCAGGGGAGCUCAUAGAGGCAUUGCCAGGUCAUUCCGGAGCUGUAAACUGCGUUAGCUGGAAUCCCGCGAACCCGCACAUGUUGGCAUCGGCCAGUGAUGACCACACAAUUCGCAUAUGGGGGCUUAAUCAGUUAAACCCUAAACCCGAGAAGACACACAGUAAUGGUGUGCACCUUUGCAAUGGAGGAACUACUUAAAAAAAGGUUAGGAUGAAGAAAUAAGCCUUGGAAUGUUCAGUUAUUUGCUAUUUCUUUCCCCGACCAUUGCUUUUUAUGUGUAAAUACUUCUCUACUUUCAUCUAAAGCAGACAUUCAUGGAAAAAAAAGCAUGUGAACCUUUGAAUCUCUGCGAAUAAAUUAUCUACUUGUUUCAUUUUCAGUAUUUUAA